AGGCGCAGAAGCUGUCCAGCCUGGUGCUGCCGUCGGAAGUGAUCAUCGCCCAGAGCUCCAUCCCCGGCGAAGGGCUUGGCAUCUUCUCCAAGACCUGGAUCAAGGCCGGCACCGAGAUGGGACCGUUCACGGGCAGGGUCAUCUCGCCGGAGCAUGUGGACCUGUGCAAGAACAACAACCUUAUGUGGGAGGUCUUUAACGAGGAUGGGACGGUGAGGUACUUCAUUGAUGCCAGCCAGGAGGACCACCGCAGCUGGAUGACCUACAUCAAAUGUGCGCGGAACGAGCAGGAGCAGAACCUGGAGGUGGUGCAAAUCGGGAACAGCAUCUUCUACAAAGCCAUUGAGAUGAUUCCUCCAGACCAAGAGCUGCUGGUCUGGUACGGGAACUCCCAUAACACGUUCCUGGGCAUCCCGGGUGUGCCGGGGCUGGAAGAGGAGCAGAAAAAGAACAAACAUGAGGAUUUCCACACGGUGGAGACGGGGGCCAGCACGACGGGACGCAUGCGCUGCGUCAUCUGCCACCGCGGGCUCAACUCCCGGCCCUACAAGUGCCAGGUUUGCCAAAGUGCCUACUCCCAGCUCGCCGGGCUGCGGGCGCACCAGAAAAGCGCCCGUCACCGGCCCCCCAACGCCUCCCUUCAGGCUCACUCGCCCGCCCUACCUGUGCCCCAUCCCACCUCCCUGGCCCACCACAUCCCCACCAUGGUGCUGUGA